AUGGCACAGCAACCACCCUCUUACACCAAGCUGGCCCACUCGGCCACUUAUCCCGCUAUCAACCCAACGUCUCCAGGGCUCUCUACCAGUGGUAAGGCCAUACUAAUCACUGGCGCAUCGGGAGGCAUUGGCCGUGCUGCUGCGCUGUCGUUUGCCGCUUCGGGACCCAAAUCACUUAUCCUGCUUGGGAGGCGUUCGGAUGCAUUGACCGAAACGGCCCAGCUCGUGCGAUCCCGCUAUGCUAAUUUGCCGAUCGACACUCACCUGAUUGAUCUCUGCGAUGCGCCCGGGCUCCGAGGUGUUUUCGACAGUGUAGCAUCUAAGUCGGGUGGUAUCGACGUCCUGGUUCACUGCGCCGGUGUCCUAGCCCCCGUUGUCCCCCUGUUGGACGUGGAACCCUCUACUUUCCUGGAUGGUUACAAGACCACCGUCGUGGGCACCCUCGCGCUUGCCCAAGCCUUUGUGCUGGCCAACAAGAGCUCACGCCCGGACACCCAAGACGACAAGCCCAUCCUUGUCAAUCUAACCACGGCCGGCAUCUUGUUCCCACCCUUCCCUGGCAUGGGCGCCUACGUCAGCAGCAAGAUGGCGGCGGUCAAGCUUCUGGAAGCUUUUGCAGCUGAGAACCCCCAAGUGCGUUUGCACCACGUGCAUCCUGGCUUCCUAGAUACUGCUAUGUCCGCCCAGUUGGCAAAGACUACAAAGCUUCCAUUCGGCUUUGACGAUAUCUCCCUUCCUGCCGAUUUCCUGGUGUGGAUCUCUUCGCCGGAGGCAAAGUUCCUAAACGGUAAGCUCGUCUUUGCCGCUUGGGACGUGGAAGAGCUCAAGAGCCGGGAGAAGGAGAUAGUCGGUGGACCUCCGGGAACUGGUGAGCUGUGGCUGGGCUUUAAAGGAUUCCCACGAUACGUCGGAGGUCACGCAUUGGGGCAGAAUUAG